AUGGGUGCGUGCCUGGGCAAGCCGCUAGCGGAUGGCGAUCAACAAGGAGGGCGGAGAAAACACAAGGGCCGACACAAAAAUGCCGCACCGGAAGAGCCGGAGGAGUUAGUCUUCGCAAAUGAGAAGCCGCCGGAGAAAGGCGCCGCGGAGGCGCAACCUCAACAGCGGAACGGCGAAAUUGCUGAAGGAUCGAACGCGGGAGGGGGGGAAGCAACCGGGGGAGGAAAUGGCGCGGGGAGCGCGUUCGGGGCGGGCGGUGGGGGAAGGGCGGGGCUGAGCCCGUUCGAGGAUCCGCGGAACAAGGUGUUCGAGUCGCCCGCAAUGUCGGUAAUGGGCACUCCCGCCAUCCACCUGUCCAAUUUCUCCCCCGCGCCCGCCACCUUCGACGGGCUCGCGGGGAGCAUUCUGCAGCAGGCGGCGGAAAAGGCGCGCGUGAGCCGGCUGCGCGACGACGAGCGCGGCAAGCAGAUGGGCGCGGCGGAGGGCGCCGCGGGGGGCGGGAACCAGAUCCCCGUGGGCGUGGUGGUUGGCGGAGGGGGCGGCGGAGGGUUCGGCGCAGCGGCGGGCGCAGGGAGCGCGGGGGCGGGGAGCAGCGGAGGAUCGGGGGAGGGGCAUGAGGGAAAGGAGCUGAAUAAGAAAUUCGGGUAUGCGCGGAACAUUAACGCCAAGUACGAGUUGGAGCACGAGGUGGGGCGCGGGCACUUCGGGCACACGUGCGCGGCGACGGGGAAGAAGGGCGAGGUGAAGGGCGUGCAGUGCGCCAUCAAAGUCAUUCCCAAGGCCAAUGUGAGCCGCGCUCCGGGUAAUAGUGGCACUCGAUCCUUCCCUCCUUCCCCCCACUCGCCCACUAUUUCCCCCCACCUUCUCCCCUCCUUUCCCCCACUCGCCCCCCAUUUCCCCCCACCUUCUCCCCUCCUUCCCCUCACUCGCGCCCCAUUCCCCCCACCUUCUCCCCUCCUUCCCCUCACUCGCGCCCCAUUCCCCCCCACCUUCUCCCCUCUUUUCCCCUUCUCUUCCCCACCCACAGAUGACGACGGUGAUAGCGGUGGAGGACGUGAAGAGGGAGGUGCGGCUGAUGCGCGCGCUGGGCCCGCAGGAGUUCGCCUUCCACAGCCCAACCUACUUCCCUCCUGCUUUUCCUCCCCUCCCAUCUCCUGCACUCUUUACAACUCUCCUCCCAUCUCCUGCACUCUUUACAACUCUCCUCCCAUCUCCUGCACUCUUUACAACUCUCCUCCCAUCUCCUGCACUCUUUACAACUCUCCUCCCAUCUCCUGCACUCUUUACAACUCUCCUCCCAUCUCCUGCACUCUUUACAACUCUCCUCCCAUCUCCUGCACUCUUUACAACUCUCCUCCCAUCUCCUGCACUCUUUACAACUCUCCUCCCAUCUCCUGCACUCUUUACAACUCUCCUCCCAUCUCCUGCACUCUUUACAACUCUCCUCCCAUCUCCUGCACUCUUUACAACUCUCCUCCCAUCUCCUGCACUCUUUACAACUCUCCUCCCAUCUCCUGCACUCUUUACAACUCUCCUCCCAUCUCCUGCACUCUUUACAACUCUCCUCCCAUCUCCUGCACUCUUUACAACUCUCCUCCCAUCUCCUGCACUCUUUACAACUCUCCCCUGCUGUCUUCCCGUUUCCCUUUGCCCGUCUCCUCCCCGCCCCGCCCUGCCACCAUGGCCCAUCAGUCUGCCUUCCUCUUCGCCCCAUUGCGUUUUCCAUCACUGCUGCACCUCUCUCCUCCCCUCUUCAAUCCUUAUCCCCGUCUCUCUCGUUUGUCCUCUCUUCACAACUCACCCCUUCCCCCACCCCAACCCAUCCCGCUUAACCUCCCGUCCGUGAUGUCACCCAGGGGAGGCAAGUACCCAGAGCACGAGGCGAGGGAGGUGAUGCGCCAGAUUCUCAACAUCAUUGCCUUCCUGCACCAGCAGGGCGUCGUGCACCGCGACUUAAAGCCCGAGAACUUCCUCUUCAAGUCACGAGACGAGGGCUCAGCACUACGAGCCAUCGACUUCGGCCUCUCCGACUUCGUCCGCCCCGACCAGAAGCUCAACGACAUCGUAGGCUCGGCGUACUACAUCGCCCCGGAGGUCCUCCACCGAGCCUACGGCACCGAAGCUGACGUGUGGUCCGUGGGAGUCAUAGCCUACAUCCUCCUGUCGGGGUCGAGACCCUUCUGGGCGCGCACGGAGUCGGGCAUUUUCCGUGCCGUGCUGCGGCUGGAGCCAAACCUGAUAGACGCACCGUGGCCGGCGGUGUCGCAUGCUGGAAGGGACUUUGUGCACCGCCUGCUUACAAAGGACUACCGCCGCCGCCCCACAGCCGCCCAGGCACUGACGCACCCGUGGAUCCGCAGCAGCAGUGCGCGCAUCCCGCUGGACAUCGCGGUGUACAAGAGCCUGCGCGCCUUCUUCUCCUUCUCUCCGCUCCGACGAGCUGGGCUCAAGGCGUUGGUGCCGACGCUGACGGAGGACGAGUUGGUGUAUCUGAGGGCGCAGUUUGGGUACAUGGACGUGGAUGGGGAUGGACUCAUUGACUUCAACGACCUCAAAAACGCAAUGCAGCGAGUGGCAACAGACGCAAUGAGGGAGUCGCACACCAUCGACCUGCUCAAGACGUUAGAGCCAGCGCGCAUAUCGCGGAUGCCCUUCACGGACUUCUGUGCAGCAGCGCUGAACGUGUUUCAGCUGGAGGCGCUGCCCAACUGGCCCGAGCGGGCGCGCGUGGCGUACCAGACGUUCGUGCGAGGCGGCAAGGCGCACGUUACUAUCGAUGAGCUAGUCAAGGAGUUGGGGCAGGUAGAGUCCAUGGCCAACGCAGCUUUGUUAGACGAGUGGACCAACUUUGACGGCACGGUCAGCUUCCUGGGCUUCACGCGUCUGGUGCACGGCCCCUCGCGCGCCCGCAAGCAGCGCCACGUGCGCGCCAAGCCCAAGCCCUCCGUCUCCCCCACGUCUUCCGGGAGAGUGAAGCACCCCCCUGGGGUCCCUGAGAUGAAGCCUAUUCCGGAGGACGGGGGGGAGGGGAGGGCCGCGCAGGGGAGUGGGGUGCUGGGGCAGGGGCAGGCGGGAGUGCAGCAGCAUCAGCAACAACAAGGGCAGCAGCAGCAGCAGAGUCACCAGGAGCAGGUGCAGGCGGAUAUGCACUCGUUCAAACCCUACCAGCAGCAGCAGCCGCCACAGGCAAGUGGGGAGGGGGUGGGAAUGGAUGCCACAGCAGCAGUGGCAGGGCUGGGAAUCCCCAUGUUCCAGUCCUCGCAGCAGCAGCAGCAGCCGCACAUGGGGGCAUUGGGGGACGGGGGGAGGUCGGGGGGGAGUGCUUCUGGGGGGAACAGAUUAGGGGCGAGCCGACUAGGGGGGAGUGGGUCAAGGGGAGAGGCGAUGAGUGGGGGGACGGGAGGGAGUGUGAGUGAAGGGAUGGAUGCACAAAGAGCAGUGGGGGAGUAUGGAGGGGGGGUUGUGGGGAGUAGCCAUGGGGAGGGCGAAUCGGCGGUGCGGCAAGCGAAGGGUGUGGGAUCGAUUCCAGACGGCGUCAUGUCGGCAGAAGAAGCCGUGGCGGCGGGAGGGCUGUGA